AUGGGCCGUCGCGAUAGAGACAGACAUUCCUCACCGGAGCAGCCGCCCCCGCCGCCAUCACAUCCAGGCACGUACCGCUUUGACAGCUACGAGAACGGCAAGCCAAAAUGGGCGCCUGGCAAAGACGACAAGAGAGACUACCGCGACUACCGCGACAGCCGAAGAGGCGAUCACCGCCGCUCUCGCAAGGAGAGGCCUGUCGACGAUGCGCCGCCGCCGCCAUAUCCCAACAACCCUCCACCGCCCCCGCAUGGCGCCUAUCCUCCACCGCCUCCACCAGGCCACGAAGGUUAUCCUCCGCCGCCUCCCCCACCACCGCCAGGAAUGGAGGGCAUGCCACCUCCACCACCUGAAUCUAUGCCACCACCACCCAGAGAAGAACGUGACCCUCGUGGAGCCCGACCACGUCGCCAUCGCAGGCAACCGUCCUACUCGUCCGACUCUGACUCUGAAUCUCCACCACCCCAACCUCGACGCAAGCAUCGCGAGGAACGCCGCGACGACCGCCCCCGCCGACCCAGGCACGAGGAUACCUACGACUCAUACGACGAGCACUAUCCUCCUCGCAGGCCCAAAGACGAUGGGCGCCGUGACCGCGACGGCUACAAGUCCGAAGGCUACAAGUCUGACCGCCGCCGCAAAGACAAUAACCCCUACUACGAUGACCGCGACCGCCGUGACAGGCCCCGUGACGAUCGCAGACGCCGCGACGACGGCUACGAUAACAAAUACGACGACAUGUUCAACAGCAAGCCGCGUCGCGACUCUCGCUAUGACGAUGGAGGUCGCGAUAGGCGCAGUCGAUACGACGACGAUGAUCGCUACGACGACCGCCGCAGGAGUGGUAGAGGUGGAGGCGGCAAGCCGGGAAAGCCUGGACAGCCGGAGUGGCAGAGGCAGGCCAUGGGCAUGUUCAAGGACUACGCCCUACCUAUCAUCAAGAAAGAGGGCGCCAAAUAUGUGCAGAAGCAGAUGGCUGGUGGCUUUGGAAGGCGCUGA